AUGAGCUCACCACAAGGCCAUCUACAACCAUUCUUCUGGAAGGAGCCUAUGCCAUGGCACCAUUCCAUUGAAUAUGUUGCCCCACGCAAAGUGGAAGCGACUCCGAGAAGACGGCCCGACCACACCCCCACUUCGGCCCAUCUGCGGCCGUUCCCCCGGAGGUUCGGCGACCUCGAACAUUUGUUGCUCGACUCACUCUACUAUCUACUUUACACCAUUGAACCACACGCAGAAUUGAGUGAAAUCGCGCUCUCCGUGAAGCUCUCUGUUAAUUCAAAUCACAACUACGAAAUGGCGAGUCAAACCACUACACAUCAAAGCAAACCGAAGAGGAGAGGUCGCCCUCGGCCUCUACCCCCCGAUGUCAACGCUCGCAAUCUAGCCCUGGAAAAAGGCCGACGAGAAGACAUGAAAAAAGACCUACUUGAGCUAGCACGUCUGGUUCCUUCUCUGGCGCCUGUCCGCCGCCUUUCGAAAACAAUUGUCGUGAAAGAAGGCCUCCAGCAUUUCAAAAAGCAACGCGCAAUGUGUCUGUCUGCCGCAGAAGAUAUGCGAGAUCUAGUCGCAGAGAACCAUCGACUAGUUGCCGAACUUAAUGAAUUGCGUUUCUUGGCUGGGGAAAGGAAUACACCUCCGUUGGAACCCAAGCCCAUUUCGGAAGCCAUGGUCCAGCUGAUGAAUGUACCAAAUGAAGUAUGUGGGACGUUUCCCGCAGGUUUCGGGGAUAACUGGGCAUAUGGAUCUCACGAUACUCGACCUGAUCAAAGCAAUAAUGACCCUACCAUGGACCAGGCAGUAUACUGCUCGCCCGCGGAUGACAUACCAUUGGCAGUCGAGCCACCAACUCAAAAUCAAAUGCCGGACGACUCUGAACUCGCAGCAAGCUCUGUUCCAUUUCCAGAAUAUCCCUUGUCUGGGGAAACGCUCUCACAAAGCUCCUUGAAUUGUUCUCUAUCCCCACACACGCCCGACCUCUCACAUACGUCAAGCCACCAAGGACUCAUUCCGGGCAUGACUCAACUUGAUUUUUACACUUCAUUCGAUACCCAGCACCUUCCGACCGUACCAUUAGAUACUAUACCGAUCGAUGUUUCUGCAGCCUUGUGGAUGCAAGGCAUCGGCAUGCCUGAGAGCGCUCAGUCUACAUUAUGUGGAAACACAGGGACAGUGGGUGGGAAAGUUGGCCAAGAGUACAUGUACAUGGUUUGA